AUGCCGUACGAUCAGAAAACAUUUCAAUCCUGUACCCGCCUCGCAGCAAAAAUGUACGUAGUGUCGCCUAGAGUUUUUGGCGCCAUGCAGACACUAGACAUAUCUUCGCUAGCGAGCUAUCCGGAGCGCGAGAUAAGACCGGUGCUGCCAUCGUUGGUGCGCAUGAGUCUACUUUCGCCGCUGGACAACACCACAGCUUCCAUGGAGUCGCGUAAACAAAUUCUAGCUGUACUCAUAGGUAUCGAAGUGGUCAAUAGCAUUGUGAGCUAUCUGCAGGUUAACUACCAUGAGCUGGAGAACGAUCUCAAAAAGGAACUGCUGACGCGACAGAAACUAGCAGGUGUUACAAGUUUCGAUAGCCAGGCGCAGCAGCCCGAGUAUGGACUGCAGUCGGGCAUCGCGUUGGGUUUUGAGCGCGCAGAUGUGGCGCGCAAGGUACGCGUGGUGCUCUCAGAGAUCUUCAAUCUGCAGCAACAAGUAGGCACUAAUUGUGGGAAUGGUGAAACAAAGCCCACCCCACCCCCAUCAACAUCAGCGGUUGCAACACACGCAGAGAUCUUAGACGACGGGAUUUAUUUGGAGGAGGUGGUUGAUAUAUUGUGCAUAGCCCUGGCUGAGCUGCCAUCAUUACUAAAUUUGCUGGAGCUCGUGGAUGCUUUGGUGCAUGUGUCUAAUGGACAUCAUAUUGUAUGCGCGCUGGUGGCCAAUUUUCCCGACUGCUAUCGCGAUGUGGUUAACCACGUGAUAACCAACUGUGAUGAGGAGGGCAACGAUGGAAAGAACCGAUUAGCGCUGUUAAUGGCUCUUAGCGAAAUGAAUCCCUCGCAGGCGUUGGCCAAUCGUGCUUUGUGCGUAGAAUUGCUCAAAGUGCCUUCGCUUAUGCUCAAGUUGACGUUAAAACAUCCAGAUGAUUUGGUUGCCUUCCUAACGGGCCUGUUGCUGGGAAAUGAUCAGAAUCUGCGCUCGUGGUUUGCUCUGUACAUACGCACGAGUCAGAAGCGCAAGGGAGAUGCAUUGAAUUUGGUGCGCGUGGAAUUGCUGCAGAAGACAAUCAAAAUUACUAGCCAGGCAUCGCAUAUCAAGGACUUUAAUCUGCAGGGCGCUGUGCUGUUGCGCCUAUAUUGCGCACUACGUGGUAUUGGUGGCCUCAAAUUCAACGAUGAUGAAAUUAAUGCUCUAUCGCAGCUGGUAACCAGCUGCCCACAUGCCUCACCUUCGGGAGUACGCUUUGUCACAUUGGCACUAUGCAUGCUGAUAGCCUGCCCCUCGCUAGUGUCCACCAUACCGCUUGAGAACAAGGCGGUGGAGUGGCUGCAGUGGCUUAUACGCGAAGAUGCCUUCUUUUGCACACGCUCCGGCAGCAGCAGCUCGCUUGGUGAGAUGCUCUUACUGCUGGCCAUACAUUUUCACAGCAAUCAGAUAACGGCUAUCAGUGAAAUGGUCUGCUCCACGCUGGCUAUGAAGAUACCGAUACGUCCAAAUAGCACGAAUCGAAUUAAGCAGUUGUUCACGCAGGAUUUAUUUACGGAGCAAGUGGUGGCAUUGCAUGCGGUGCGUGUACCAGUCACUCCCAGUCUAAAUGGCAGCAUACCGGGCUAUCUGCCAGUGCACUGCAUUCAUCAGCUGCUAAAAUCCCGCACAUUUCUCAAGCACAAAGUACCCAUAAAGUCUUGGAUAUUCAAGCAAAUCUGCAACUCGGUGCGGCCCGUGCAUCCGGUGAUGCCGGCGCUCGUCGAAGUCUAUGUAAAUACGCUUAUCAUACCCAAUCCAACUGGCAAAAUGAGUAUAGAUCAUAUGCAUCGUCCAUUUACAGAGCUGGAAAUAUUUCAUGUGUUUCGCGGUUCACCUUUGACCUUCUUUACGGAGGAAAUGCAGCCGUUGCCUGUUGAAAGUGAGGAGCUGGCGCAAAUAGAAGUAACCUGCCCUUUGACUGCGCAACUGCUCAUGAUAUACUAUCUAAUGCUGUAUGAGGACACGCGUCUGAUGAACCUGAGCGCCUUGGGCGGACGCAAGCAGAAGGAGUAUGCACAAAGUUUUAUAGGUGGAUUACCGUUGAAAUAUUUGCUGCAACGUGCGCAUCAGUAUCACAAUGAUUAUCUCUCGCUGUUUCAUCCGCUGUUGCGUCUGAUUAUCUCCAAUUAUCCGCAUCUUAGCAUGGUUGAUGACUGGCUGGAGGAGCAUUAUCAGGACAUAACCAGCUGCCUGGAGAAGCCAGCAUUGCCGCCACAACUUCUCACCCAAGCCCUAGACACGGUGCAAUCCAAGCCUCAACUGGCCAUACGCGUCUUCAAGCGUCUGCUACAGCUGCCACCGGAGACAUUGGCGCAAUAUGCGCAAGAGCUGGUGCAUCACAUGCCGCAAGUGUUUGCCAAGCCAGUGCCGCGAUACGUUAAGGAUUUGUAUUAUGAUUUGUGGUUGCGCCUUAAUGCCGUGCUACCCAGUACAUUCUGGAUAAUGUCGCUGCGUGCUAUUAACCACAAGGCGGAUGCAUUGAAUCGACGCAUAAACGCACGUGAGAGUCUAUUGGAGCCCAUGGAUGUUUUGGGUUAUUCCCGACAAGUGCUUUGCUCGCCCUACAUGCUCGUCAUUCUGCUGCGCAUACUCAAGGGCAGUUUGGCAGCUUAUAAGACUUACUUAAAUGUGCAUAUGCAGCAGAAACAAGUGCUGGACAAGAAUGGUCUGGUUCAAACCGAUGCAGAUCGUGAGGAGCUGAAGACCACAUUGAUAGCAUCACAGGAGAGCGCCGCUGUGCAUAUUUUAUUGGAAGUCUUGGAGCAUAUGAACAGCAAGGCUGUGGGUCGCGUGCAGCAGCUGGAGCUACGUGAAAUCCAAGGCAUCAUUGGAACCUAUGUACAUCAGGCGUUUAUUUCGGAGCCUUCACUGGCCAAGCUGGUGCACUUUCAGACCUAUCCCAAGUCGGUGAUACCCAUGAUUGUGGCCAGCGUGCCUUCCAUGCACAUCUGUAUAGACUUUGUGCACGAGUUUCUCAAUGUCACCGAAAUGGACAAGCAAAUCUUUACAAUUGAGCUGACCUCGCAUCUGGUGCUCAACUACUCCAUACCCAAGAGCCUCGGUGUGUCUAAGUUUUGCCUGAAUGUCAUCCAGACCACAUUAUCACUGCUUACCUCCUCUGCUAAAUGUAAAUUUCUCCGCCAUGUGCUGCCCGCCAUAGUGCGCUUUGUGGAAACAUUUCCCAUUCUGGCUGAUGAUUGUGUCAACAUUUUAAUGAACACUGGACGUAGCUUGCACUCGCAGUCCUCGCUGGGUGUCAACACCAUGCAAAUGCCGCUCACUGAGAGCGCCAAGCUCUGUUCGUAUCGCGAUGCACAGUUGCACAUAACCAUGAUUGAGGAAUCCUUCAAGGCUCUGAUCGAGGUCGUCAUGCAGAAAUCUGAACUAUAUUAGCUUUAUAUACAGAUAAUUCUUGUAAUUAGCAUGUAAUUUUAAUAACCAAUCAAUACAUAA